AUGAAAUGUUCAGGCAAGGGAGCACCACCCCAAAAUCCACAAUCGCAGCAUCCCAAAGACAAAGAAGAAGGCAUCUCCUGCUACAAGCCCGACGGCUUCCACCCCGUUCGCAUCAGCGAGAUCUUCAAUAACAGUUACAUCGUCAUACGCAAGCUGGGCCGGGGCCGCUGCUCGUCCAUUUGGCUCGUCCAAGACUUUUUCACCUCCGCUGAAAAGAAAUACGCCAUGAAAGUGCUCGGCGCCGAGUGCUGCGGUACCGGAGAUCGAAAUCACCCUGGCUACGAACACGUAUCCAUUCUCCACGACUUAUUCACAUAUAAAGGUCCAAAUGGCGACCAUAUAUGUCUAAUUUUCGAUCUAUACUGGUUUGAUGAAAGGAAGAUACCAACGCCGUUGGUGCAGAAGUUUAUGAGGCAGCUGCUUCAAGCAUUGGAGUACGCGCAUGAGAGAGGCGUGAUACACACUGAUAUCUACGUCAAAGAAGGAUACAACCUGAUGAAUCUCAACAUCGCGCUCUCGGACUGGGGCGUCGCCUCGUUCAUCAACAGGCGCCUCACCGAGGAAAUCCAACCCCUGCUCCUCCGUACGCCUGGAGUGUUGCUCAGCGCGCCUUGGGACGAGAAAGUCGAUAUCUGGAAUUUAGGCGCAUUGGUUCCGGAAUUGGUUUUUGGACAGAAUAUGUUUUCUGCUGAGGAUAAGAAAGGAGUUUAUAGCGGAGAUCAAGGAGUGGUGAGCGAGGUGUUUGAUGAGGAAGGAAAUGUCAAAGUUAAAGAACUGGACAAGGUGGUGCGUUUGGAGAAGAGGUUCGAAGGUAUGGAUGUGAAAGAGAGGAGGAAGUUUGUAGCGUUCGUCGGGGGGAUGUUGGUGCUUGAUCCGGCACGACGGCCGAGUGCUAAGGAACUGCUAGGUGACGAGUGGUUGAAGCAUAACUAUGAUGAGAGCUUUAUCGAGGAGGAGUUGUAG